AGGAAGUUCAGGAAGAGGAGAAGCCGAGACCCAAACUCACUGCUCCUAAGAUCCCGGAAGGGGAGAAAGUCGACUUUGAUGACAUCCAGAAGAAACGGCAGAACAAAGACCUCAUGGAGCUGCAGGCGCUUAUCGACAGCCACUUCGAGGCGCGCAAGAAGGAAGAAGAGGAGCUGAUUGCCCUCAAGGAACGCAUUGAGAAGCGCCGCGCCGAGCGGGCGGAGCAGCAGCGCAUUCGCGCCGAGAAGGAGCGGGAGCGCCAGAACCGCCUGGCGGAGGAGAAGGCCAGAAGAGAGGAGGAGGACGCCAAGCGGAGGGCCGAAGAUGACAUGAAGAAGAAGAAGGCCCUGUCCUCCAUGGGCGCCAACUACAGCAGCUACCUGGCCAAGGCUGACCAGAAGAGAGGCAAGAAGCAGACCGCCCGCGAGAUGAAGAAGAAGAUCCUGGCGGAGAGGCGGAAGCCGCUCAACAUUGACCACCUCGGUGACGACAAGCUCCGGGACAAGGCCAAGGAGCUCUGGGACACGCUGUACCAGCUCGAGUUGGACAAGUACGAGUUUGGAGAGAAGCUGAAACGGCAGAAAUACGACAUCACCAACCUCCGGAGCCGCAUUGACCAGGCCCAGAAGCACAGCAAGAAGGCCGGGGCCACCGCCAAGGGCAAGGUCGGCGGGCGCUGGAAGUGAGGGCACCGGAGCAGCCCCUGAGGCAGAGAGCCAGGCCCGGGGUCCACACAGUGACGUCCUGCCCCCAGGCCCGGAGGGUCCAGCACGAGCCCCCAGCACCCCGUCGUCUCUGUCCUCACUGCCCCAUCCCCUGGGGUCCAUGAAUAAAGCUGUCAGACCCCCUUCCA